AACCCAAACUGUCGUCAUUCUGAAUCACUAUUGCCUCCAACUAGGAAUCGAGAGAGUGAGAGAUGGCGUCGGCUUUGAGAGCAGCCAUCCUUGGACGCAUUCGUGUACCUGUUGCUCAAAUCCUAACCCUGAAUGGAUCGAAACUGAGCCUCUGCAGCACCGUCCGAUCGAUGUCGUCUCACGACGAUCACAUCACCAAGGAAGAGGUUAUCGACAGAGUCCUCGACGUCGUCAAGAGCUUCCCCAAAGUCGAUCCUUCUAAGGUGACUCCUGAUGUCCAUUUUCAGAAGGAUUUGGGAUUGGAUAGCUUAGAUACUGUGGAGAUUGUAAUAGCUCUAGAAGAGGAGUUCAAGCUAGAGAUUCCAGAUAAAGAAGCUGAUAAGAUUGACUCCUGUUUUCUUGCAAUUGAGUAUAUCCAUAACCAUCCAAUGGCUAGUUAAUCUUACUGAAUUCCAUUGGUUUGAGUUUCCAUCAUGUUUCACUUGCUUAUAUUGUUCCUCAAAAACAACUGUUCAAGUCAUUUCUUUCUUUGAUUUGGGUGUUAGUACAGAAUUUGAUCCCAGUUAAGGGGUCGAAAUAAUUGGAGUUUUGUUUGAUGAGUGGAUGUUUGUUAUGCUUCUGCUUGACAAGAUCUAAUAUUUCUUCUCUUAAUGAAUUGGCAUGAUCUUUUGUUGUG